CAGAUAUAAAAUAAAGCAGACUAAGCAAGAGGGAUUAAAGGCAAAGAUUUUGUAAUUCCUUGUUCUUGGGUAUAAUCACAUUUUCGCUCGUUUUUGUGAUUGCAUUAUCAGUUUGUUAAUAACUAAGUAUUAAGUUGCUAAUAUACUCGUUGGUACUUAGUAACUUAUCCUAAAUCUUUGGUAUUUAUUGAAUCUAAUCUGUGACCGAGGAAAACAAUAAGUAAAAAAAAAAUUCUAGAACUCGUACCAAAACAAAUUUAUAAAACAUCUUCAUAUAAUUAAUAUCUUGUGAUUUGCGGUCACCAGUGGCGAAUAAAUUAAUAAUGAAUUAAAUUAAUUCAUAAUAAUUUAAAGAAAUUAAUACAUACCUAGUAGACACCUAUAAGAAUCAUGUCUCUAUUCCCUGCUUAUGCGAGUAAAGAUGCUGAUGAUUCUAGAGAUUUAGCUGGAAAAUUUGAUUUGGAAGAUCAAGAUUGGCAGCAAGACGCGACUGACUCGAGAGAAAAAUUCCUGCUCGCAAGCGACGAUGAGGACAACAGCAAGGCUCAAGAGGAGCCUUCACAGACAGCGCCUCAUAGUCCACUAUGUCAGGAUUUCUAUUUAGAUACCAAAAUAGACCGUGGCAAUUUACGAGUAUCCACACUGUAUUACCCUGGGAGACCCCAGUACAGCGUGGCCGGCGACGAGCGAGAGGCGCGCCGCGCCCGUAAGCGGCGCGCAUGCCGCUACUUCGACGCCGAUAGCACCGCGGCUGUCGCCGACGCCGCCGACGACGCCGAGGUCACCGCACGGGUCGCCGCAUUCCGGGGCAUGCUCGCCGAUAACCCCUGCGACGAGGACCUAUGGUUGAGGUUCAUCGAUUUUCAGGAGCGCUGGCGCGGCGGCGCGGCGGCGCUGGCGGCGGCCGAGGAGGCGGCGGCGCGCCGGCCGGCGGCGCGCGCGCUGCGGCUCGAGCGCUGGCGCCUGGCGGCCGCGCACCUGCCCGCCGACCGCUACCUGGCCGCGCUGCGCGACCACAUCCGCACAGAGAAGUCGAGUCGCGUGCAGCUAGAACUGUGGGAGCGGCUGGUGCGGGCGCUGGCGGCGGCGCCGGGCGGCGACGCGGCCGCGCCGGCCGCCGCCGUCGGCGCCGCGCUGGCGCACUCGGCGCGCGGCGGCGGCUGCGCGCUCGCCUACCCGCGUCUCCUAUUUGUCUACGGCGAGUUCCUGCAGGCCGCGGGGCUCUGGGAGCGGCUCGUGCUGCUGCUCGAGCUCGUCCUCGCGAUGAGCUUCCCGCCGUCGGAGGCGUUCCCGCCGCGGCCGAACCCGCCGCGCGCGGCCGCGGUCGAGCGCCGCCUGCGCCAGCACGAGGACGAGCUGAUCGCGAGCGGGCUGCCGCUGAGCACGGUGUGGGCGCGCGUGGAGCGUGCGCGCGCCGCCGCGCACUGGCGGCCCGCCGCCGCCGCCGACGACGCCGAGCUCGCCGCCGACCCGCAGCGCGCGCCGCUCGCCGCCGACGUGGCCGAGCUGCUGCGGCCCGUGGCCGACGCGCGCGCCCGCUUCCUGCUGCUCGUGCAAGCGCUGCGCCUGGCCAAGGUGCCGCCGCUGCCCGCCGCCGGCUACGUGCUGCGCGCCGUCGGCGGCGCCGUGCCCACCGGCGGCGAGGCGCUGCUGCCGCUCGUGCGCGCGGCGCGCCGCCUGCCCGCCGCGCACCCGGCGCGCGCGCCGUCGCCGGCCAGCGCCGCCACCGCGCUCGCAGCGCUCGUCGACCCGCCACACUACUUCUCCGACGACACCGGGUUCCUGAGCUGGGUCGAAGGUCUCUGGGAGGCGGCGGGCGACUGGACGGGCGGCUCGCACCGGCUCGCGCUGCUGUGCUGGCGGCUGCGCUGGCUGCACGCGCUCGCGCUGCUGGCCGAGCCGGCCGACGAGCGCGGGCGCGCGGAGCUGCGGCGGCUGCGCGGCGUGGCUCGCGCGGCGCUGCGCCAGCACGCGGGCGGCGCGGCGCUGCCUUUCGCGCUAUUCGCGCGGCUGGAGGCGGCGGCGGCCGGGCCGCGCGCCGGCCGCGCCGCCGCUCUACACGCGCUGCGCGCGGCGCUGCGAGACGCCGCGUGCCCGGUGGCGCAGCGCCUCCUUGUGGCCAGGGUCGUGUCGGAGCUAGGCGCCGCGGUCGAGGGCCAGUGGGCGGUGGCGUGCGCGGUACUCGGUCGUGCUGCGCCGUCCGACGAUGAGCUCAGCGGCGCGCCGCCGCCGCGCUUGCUCGCCGACGCGCUCAACGAGUGCGAGAGGCGGUGCGACGAGGUGGAGCGGACGCUGGCGGAGGCCGCGCGCGCCGGCGAGGAGGCGGCGGAGGAGGACGCGUGCGCGGCGCUGCUGCCCGGCGCCGCCGAGUGGGCCGGCGCGCGCGCGCUGCUCGCGCCGCCGGCGCGCCGCCGCGAGCUCUGCGACCGCUUGCUCGCGCUCUCCGUCCGCGACUUGGCCGCCGCGGCGGCCGAGCGCUACUACGAGCAGAGCGCGUGUGCGCUGGCGCGCGCCGCCGCCGCGCACCAGCGCGCCGCCCGCACGGCGCGCGCGCUCGCGCCGCGCCACCCGCACUCGGCGCUGCUCGCGCUGCUGGGCGAGGGCGCGCCGCUGUGGGCGCGCGACGCGGGCGCCGAGGCGCGGCCGGCGGGCGCGCGCCGCGCCGCGCACUGCGCCGCGCUGGCCGCGCUGCUGCCGCCGCUGCUGCGCGCGCCGCCCGCGCGCUGGCCGCCGCGGGACGCGCGCCGCGUGGCGCGGGCAGCGCGCCGCCACGCCCGCGCGGCCGCCGGCGGCGCGCCGCUGCUGGCGCUGUGGCUCGAGGCCGAGGCGCGCGCCGAGCGGCCGGCGCCCGCGCGCGCCCUGUACGCCGCGCUCGACGCCGCGCCGCACGCCAAGUGGCUGUACGUGCGCGGCGCGCAGUGGUGCGGCGCGGAGGCGGCGGCGCUGGCCGACCUGCUGCUCGAGCGCCAGCUGCGCCUGCACGCGCUGCGCGACGAGCUCGAGCCGCUGCCCGCCGCCGCUGCCGCCGCCACCGCCGCCGCCACCGCCGCCGCCACCACCGCCGCCGCCACGGACACCGACCGGACCCUUGACCGCGAGGACAUAUGAAGAAUGGCGUUAAAUUGUAUGUGCAGACGUAUACAUCUAAGAUAGAAGUGAUCGUCGACCGACUGAGAAAACCAAUAUACAAUAAUUAGUAUAUAAUAAAUGUGUAAUUUCUUACUAAAGUUUUUCAUUUUA